AUGGGACUAUUCACUAAGAGCUCUCUGACUGCCAACAGCGUGGCUGCCCAAGACGACUCUGCGUCCAUGACCUCGGUUAAUACCGGAGGAUCGGCCUCAUCGAAGAAGGGUUUGAUCCGAUGCACGGAACCAUUCAAACAUCCGAUCAACCCAACCAAAGCUCCAACUUUCGACUUGAGUGCCGAGCAGGAAGCAAAGUAUAUCGAGGUGCUUGAACACUUCAAGGAGUACAUCAAAAAAGAUAUUCCAGUCAAUGACUCUCUGAACGCUGCAAAGGUGCCCAUUACUCGUGCCGAGAUGGCUUGGCUCACGAAAGAGUGUUUCUUGCGCUAUUUGCGUGCCACCAAGUGGAAUGUUGCUGCUGCAAUCAAGAGAAUCGAAGAGACCAUUAUCUGGAGAAGAACCUUCGGCGUGGUGAAUAUCGAAGGUCACACAGACACAUUGAAACUACUCACGCCAGAUGUGGUCGAGGCCGAAAACCUCACCGGCAAAAACCUCAUUUUGGGUUUCGACAUGGAUAACAGACCGUGCAUGUAUCUCCGUAACGGAUACCAGAACACUGCUGCGUCGAUCCGCCAGGUACAGCACUUGGUGUUCAUGUUGGAGCGAGUAAUAGACUUCAUGCCCGCGGGCCAGGAUACUCUUGCCCUUUUGAUCGACUUUAAAGCUGCUCCCGCGCAUUUGAAUCUCUCCGCCAGGUUUCCCUCCUUGAGCAUUUCCAAACAAGUAUUGCAUAUCCUCCAAAAUCACUACCCCGAGCGGUUGGGACGUGGACUCUUCACAAACAUCCCUUGGAUUGGAUACACCUUUUUCAAAGUCGUCGGUCCAUUCAUCGAUCCAUACACUAGACUGAAGACCAUUUACGACCAGCCCUUCCAGAACUUCGUUCCUAAAGAGCAACUAGACAAAGAGUUCAAUGGUAUGUUGGACUUCGAAUAUGUCCAUGAGGACUACUGGCCGAAAAUGUUGUCGAUUGCGGAAGAGAAGGCUGCUGUGGUGAACAGUAACUUCGAUAAGUUGGGAGGAGGAAUAGGUCUAAGCGAAUACGACCUCAAGUCACCCGUGUAA